UCUCCACCUCUAUAGCACAUCCCUAACGUUUUUCCAAUAAGAUUUGGCGUGAACAUUUUUAUCAAUAUUAAUAAGCCAAACCAUUUUAAGGCCAAUAAAAAAUAGCCAGCAAUGCAACGGAAAAUGCUGGACACUGUGAUUUUGUGAAAUAAUUCGAAUCCGUCGAAGAACAAAGGAGAUACCUUGGGAAAACCAAUCAAUUUAAAACGCUGUGCAAACAGGAUCAGGAUCACCCGACAGCCGCCCAACACCGCAAACAAAGCCGAGUGGUCCACCGCUGCUCCCCACACAGACACAUACGAACAUCGCACGGAGGGAGGAUUGAGGAGCGGCAGGAUCAGGAUCACACUUCUAGAUCGGCAGUAGGCACCGGUGCAGGCGGAUAGGACAGGGACAGGAACAGGGACAGGACUCAAUAUCACGACCAUGUUUACGGGCAAGCUGCAGAUCAAGGUGUGCGAGGCGAGCGGCCUGCGGCCCACAGACUUCCAGAAGCGCCACAAUCUCACCUUCGGCAAGCUGGCCGACGAGCAGCUCAUCGAUCCCUAUGUCUCCAUUGAUGUCGACGAGAGCCACUUUGAUCGAGCCACCACACGGCCAAAGACAUUCGAUCCAGUUUGGAACGAGCAGUUCGUCCACGACGUGACCAAUGUUAGCAACAUCAACUUAACCGUCUUUCAUGAUGCCGCUCUGCCACCCGAUGACUUUGUAGCCAACUGCAUUAUCUCCUUUGAGGACCUCAUGCAGAGUGAGACGGCUGUGCAGGAUCUAUGGGUUAAUUUGGAGCCGCAGGGCAAGAUUCACGUCAUAAUUGAGCUGAAAAAUCGCACUGAUAAAGCCAAAGCCGAGGCAGUGGUGGAGCACACUGUGGCCGCCAACAAGGAGUUCAAAGAGCGUGCUGGCUUCAACCGUCGUCGCGGUGCCAUGCGUCGUCGUGUCCACCAGGUUAAUGGGCACAAGUUCAUGGCAACGUUUUUGCGUCAACCCACCUUCUGUUCGCAUUGCCGCGAGUUUAUCUGGGGAAUUGGUAAACAAGGCUAUCAAUGUCAAGUCUGCACGUUAGUUGUACAUAAAAAAUGCCACCUGUCCGUGGUGUCCAAGUGUCCGGGCAUGCGAGAUGAGCAGCAGACCAAAGUGGAGGUGGUGCCGGCGGGCCAGGGCCAGCGCUUCAAUGUGAACGUACCGCAUCGCUUCGUAGUGCACAGCUACAAGCGGUUCACCUUCUGCGACCACUGCGGCUCCCUGCUGUACGGGCUGAUCAAGCAGGGACUGCAGUGCGAGACCUGCUGCAUGAACGUGCACAAGCGGUGCCAGAAGAACGUGGCCAACACGUGCGGCAUCAACACGAAGCAGAUGGCCGAGAUCCUCAGUUCGCUGGGCAUUUCGCCGGACAAGCAGCAGCCGCGUCGCUCCAAGUACUUGAACCAGCAGGGCGGCGAGGACAACUACGGGGCCUCGUUGGGCGGCGACGGCGACGGGGCACCCGGCCAGUCCUUCCGCAGUGGCACACUAUCGGCGGACAGCCUGGCCACCUCCACCACAACGCUGACCAGUGGCUACAACAGCAGCAGCUGCAUGAGCCUGCCGGUGGCCACAGGCGAGACUCGGCCGGGGAAGUGCUCCCUGCUGGACUUCAACUUCAUCAAGGUGCUGGGCAAGGGCUCCUUCGGCAAGGUGAUGCUGGCCGAGAAGAAGGGCACCGACGAGAUCUAUGCCAUCAAGGUGCUCAAGAAGGACGCGAUCAUCCAGGACGACGACGUCGACUGCACCAUGACCGAGAAGCGCAUCCUGGCGCUGGCCGCCAACCAUCCCUUCCUGACUGCGUUACAUUCCUGUUUCCAGACCCCGGACCGCCUCUUCUUCGUGAUGGAGUAUGUCAAUGGCGGCGAUCUGAUGUUCCAGAUACAGAAGGCGCGUCGAUUUGAGGCCUCACGGGCCGCCUUCUAUGCGGCGGAGGUGACACUGGCGCUGCAGUUCCUCCACACCCACGGCGUCAUCUACCGCGACCUGAAGCUGGACAACAUCCUGCUCGACCAGGAGGGCCACUGUAAGUUGGCCGACUUUGGCAUGUGCAAGGAGGGCAUCAUGAACGGGAUGCUGACCACCACCUUCUGUGGCACGCCCGACUACAUCGCCCCGGAGAUCCUCAAGGAGCAGGAGUACGGCGCCUCCGUCGACUGGUGGGCGCUGGGCGUGCUCAUGUACGAGAUGAUGGCCGGCCAGCCGCCGUUCGAGGCGGACAACGAGGACGAGCUCUUCGACUCCAUCAUGCACGACGACGUCCUCUAUCCGGUUUGGCUAUCCCGCGAGGCCGUCUCCAUACUAAAGGGUUUUCUAACCAAGAAUCCGGAGCAGCGAUUGGGUUGCACUGGCGACGAGAACGAGAUACGCAAGCAUCCAUUUUUCAACAAGCUGGACUGGAAGGAGCUGGAGAAGCGCAACAUAAAGCCACCAUUCCGACCGAAAAUGAAAAACCCACGAGACGCCAACAACUUCGAUGCGGAGUUCACCAAAGAGGAUCCUGUACUCACACCGAUCGGAAACGACGUUGUGCGCUGCAUCAACCAGGACGAGUUCGCCGGCUUCUCGUUUGUGAAUCCCAAGUUCGGACCGGAGCGCAAAGUCUACUAAGGCCCAACGAUCGCAAAUCAUAUUCAAAAGCCAGUUUGAUUGGUCGCGCUGCGAUCUGGAGCCCCGAUUAGAUUGGGAAUCCCGUUCGGCGAGGGUGGCCAUCCAGAUCGCCAUCGAUCCGAGCUGUCAUCCAGCGUGUAGCGCAUCCCCUAGCACAAGCAGUCUAAAAGUUUAAUUUAUAGUAACUUCCGCUCCCCAUUGUUGUCUGUUUCCACCCGUAGUCGUGGUCCUCGUUUCGGUUCCGGUCCUGCGUGUAGAUCACUCAUCCACAUCCAACUA